CUUCUAUACUACGAAGAAAAAAUCAAUUUUGUAGAUCUAAAAAAUAACUGGACGAAUGCUAACAUAAAGAAUCUGUUUUCCGGUUUAUAUAUCACAAUAUAUUUCUACGAAACUUGUGAAGAUGUUGAAGUGGAAUUCGAGGACUUUACAACGUUAAGCAUUCCAAUAGUUGAAGAAUUUGACAAUGAAUUUAUCCACACGCACCACAAAGCUCUAAAUGCAGUUUGCUUAAAGGAGCCUGAAAACGACAUUGAAAAGGGACUUGCCAGUUUAACACAAAUAGAAGAGUACGAAGAAAGAAAUUUGCCUUGUCGCCUUUGCAAAACAGAGGGAACAGGCAAAGUUUACAGACGAUUGUUGAUAUAUCAACCUCCUCCAAUACUCAUCAUACAUAUCGAUAGGUUUAAAAUGAGUGGUUUUGAUCAGCUAACCAAAAAUUCGGAUAUGGUACAGUAUCUUCGCACACUCUGCCUUUCAAAAUUUUGCUCGGUAGCAAACAAGAAUAUAUCAGAAGGCACUGUGACCUAUGAACUUUAUGCAGUUGUGGUCCAUAGUGGUGGAAUAAACAGUGGUCAUUAUUAUGCGUACGUAAAUACAUCUAGAAAACACGAUAUUGAAAGGUGGCAGGAAGUAAUCAAGAGAGAGGCUGGGAACCUUGACAAUUUGAAAUCAGAAUUAGAAAAUGUUUUGAAAGGAAACAUAGAAACCAGAUUAUAUGAAAGAAAUGUCAUUGUACAGGCACCUGAGGCUCCAGAAAAAUGGUUUUAUGUCAGUGACGAACAUGUUCAUUCUGUGAGCUCAGACACAGUUUUUAACCAGAAGGAUGCUUACAUUUUGUUUUACGAAAUUCAAUAACUGUGACAUUCUUUUAGCAUUUUUGCUAAAAA